AUUACAUGGUUGGCUUCUGGUCACUUCCCAGUUGCCAAGAUACUCUCAGGUGGUGUGAAAGAGUGGUGAGGUGCAGCAAUGGCGCCCAAGAACGACCCCGAACUUGCGACUUUGCGCAAAGAACUGGAGGAAUUGUACAACACCCUGAAGGAAGAGCAGAAGAAGCAGCAAGACACGACCCUGGAAUCGGCAUGCGGCGGCGUGGCCGACGCCCCCCGAGUCAAAAUCACCACAAAGAAACUAAUGAAGGGGCACCUGAACAAAGUCAAUUCUGUCCACUAUAGUGGAGACAGCCGCCACUGCGUCACCGGCUCCCUGGACGGCAAGCUCAUCAUCUGGGACACCUACACCGGGAACAAAAUGCAGAUCAUUCCGUUGCGGUCUGCAUGGGUGAUGAGCGUCGCGUACGCCCAAUCCGGGAAUUUUGUUGCCUGCGGCGGCAUGGACAACAUGUGUACCAUCUACGACCUGAAUCACCGGGACGCGUCGGGGGUGGCGAAGAUGGUACGCGAACUGGCUGGGUACGACGGGUUCUUGAGCUCUUGCAGGUUUCUGGGAGACAGGAACAUCAUCACGGGCUCGGGGGACAUGAAGAUAUGUAAAUGGGACUUGGAAACUGGACGAAAAACGUCUGACUUUACCGCCCACAAUGGUGACGUGGUCUCCAUCAGUUUGUCACCUGAUGGAAACAGCUUCAUCACGGGAAGCGUCGACAAGACUUGCAGACUUUGGGACAUGCGAGAGGACAAACCAAGACAGACCUUCUUCGGUCACGAAUCUGACGUCAAUUCAGUUUGCUUCCACCCCAGCGGUUACGCUUUCGCUACCGGUUCCGAGGACAAAUCCGCUCGAAUGUUCGACAUCCGCAGCGACCAGGAGAUCGCGCUCUUCAAGCCGCCGUCGGCCAGCAGCGGUUUCACUUCUUGCGGUUUGUCCCUCAGCGGCCGAAUUUUGCUGUGCGGCUCGGACGACAACAACGUCCACAUGUGGGACACGCUGAAGAACCAGCAUAACGGGACGUUGUCUGGGCACGAGAACAGGGUCACUUCGCUGUCGGUGGCCCAGAGCGGGAUCGCCGUGGUUACGGCCAGCUGGGACCAGAACGUGAGGGUUUGGGGUUAA